GUAGUCUCUAAACAGACACAAGUGAUCGUCCCUGACACAUUCUUUGUUGACCGGCUGCCUGGCUCACCUAAUUCGACGUCCUUGACCAUAUCUCCCACUUCCACACGCUUUGUCGUACCCUCAUACUCAUCGUCGUCACUGCAGCACCAUGACGCCUGGAGAGCUACUACAGUUGAUGUUCAAGUGCUCCAACACAACAACUAACAUCGAUCCCGCAUGUCCGGCUCUGGCACCACCAGCUGGUGAGCUACCUUUCGAUCCAAACGCGUCUUCGUUAUGGUCCACCUCUCUGGGUAUUCUGACUGCAUGCUGUGUGCUGAUUGCACUGAGUAUGGCCCUGCGUGUGUUCACUAGGAUGUACAUUAUCAAAAGGUUCUUUACCUUGGAAGAUGCGCUAAUGAUCUUCGCAACGAUCUUGUUCGCUCCCAUCGUUGGUUUACAACUCAAAGCAUAUCAAUUCGGCGGCUCCAAACACCAAUGGAAUGUCACUGUUGGCGACUUACUUAUAGCUCUCCGCUACGUGUAUGCUGUGCAGAUUAUGUACUGUCUUUCGCUUUACGCUGCGAAGCUCAGUAUCCUUCUCCAGAUAAAACACAUCUUCGAAGGCACGCAACAGCGCAAAACAUUCAUCUUCUGGGCCAGCUGGACGCUCAUUGUACUUGUUACCUGCGCAUAUACUGCUACGUUGAUGGUACUUCUGUUCUCAUGCAAUCCAGUGCGCAAGGCCUGGAACCCUCUUCUGCCCGGCCGAUGCCACAACUCAGCUGCUGGCUACAUUUCCGGCACGAUCAAUCUUAUCAGCGACAUCGCAGUCUUGCUGCUUCCGGUCGUCGGCGCUGUGCAAUUGCAGAUGGACAAGCGGAAGAAAGCUGCCGUCUCGGCCGUAUUUGCAACAGGUUUCAUGUGCGUAUUUCGAUGUCUAAGUAUUGCAAAAGCUCACGCGAAUAGUGCCUGCGGCGCUUCGGUACUUCGACUGUAUUACUCCUCCCAGGAAGCAAAGAGCAACGAUAAAACCUACUGGCUUGCUCUUGUUGGUCUCUGGGGGGCUGUCGAGAUUGCGAUGGUCAUUUUGUGCGGAUGCUUUAUAUCGUUUCCUAGGUUUCUUAAGUGGGUGAGGGAGACGACGGCAUCCCAAGUCUAUGGCUCGCAACGCUAUAAGUCGAGAGAUUACGGGUCAGAGAGUCAAUCGAGACUGAGGUCGGAUGCACCAAUUGAACUUGGGAUCAUUGGCGUUACGAAUGAGAUUAGGGUUGUGAGUGAAGACUGGAGGGCACUUCGCUGACCUUGACGAUGAGGACUGGAACAGCUAGUUUGCGGAACAUACCUGCGAUAUGACUUGAUUUACAUAGAACCAUAAUGUCAGUA